GUUAUUUUCUUAUUAGGACAUUCCCAUUCCAAGAAGUUGGACUUAAUCGUGGCUGAGAGAGCUGAGGAGCAGCACUCAAAAGAGACAAUGUGCACUUUAGCACUCAUGGUAUUUGGGCUGCUGGUUGCUCUCGGUAAUGGGGACGACUCAUGUCCAGAAGUGAAGGUUGUGGGAGUUGGGAGCUCUGACAAAUUAACCAUCCUCAGAGGAUGCCCAGGCUUUCCAGGACAUAAAGGUGAACCUGGACCUCCAGGGGAGAACGGGCAAAAAGGUUGGAAUGGAGAAAGUGGGGAAGCCGGCCCAAAGGGGGAUCCAGGGCAGAAAGGAGAGAAAGGAGAAAGAGGAGACAGCGCGGCACCAGAACAAUUUUAUGCUGCCAGGAACUGCAAGGAACUACUGGAUCAGGGGACAUUUCUAAGCGGAUGGUACAAAAUUUACCCAGAUGGAGAGAAGCCUCUGACUGUGCUUUGUGACAUGGACACUGAUGGAGGGGGAUGGAUAGUUUUCCAGAGAAGAUGGGAAGGUUCAGUGGAUUUCUUCAGAGACUGGAACGCCUACAAGAAAGGGUUUGGAAGUCAAGUGACCGAAUUCUGGCUGGGAAAUGACAACAUUCACAGUCUGACAUCUUUAGGUACCAAUGAGCUUCGCAUCGAUCUAACCGACGUUGAGAACAAGAAAAUCUAUGCCGUCUAUGAUUCCUUUACAAUAGCGGGAGAGGAUGAGAAGUACAAGCUAAUCCUUGGGGCUUUUACUGGGGGAACAGCAGGAGACUCUCUUAGUUACCACCACAACCGGCCAUUCAGCACUAAAGACAGGGACAAUGAUGCCCAUAGCGAUAGCUGUGCACAAAAAUUUAAAGGUGCCUGGUGGUACGGAGACUGCCAUAAUGCCAAUCUGAACGCACAAUAUCUACGGGGGACUCACACCAGCUACGCAGAUGGAAUGAUGUGGUUGUCCGGCAAAGGAUACUACUACUCAUACAAAGUGACGGAAAUGAAGUUCAGGCCAAAAUAAUUAGCAUUACAGUUAUAAUGGAGGUUGGAGGCCCCCAAGUCCGACCCUGUUCCUGUAAUGUGUCAGCUUUUGCUGGUUCUUCUUUAUUUCCUGCUAUAAGUAUAUUCUUAUGGUGUGUAUACUGUAUUUGUUUGGAACUGUUCUCUUUAUUGCAUUCUGUUUUGAUAUCAGUUACAUAAAAACUGCUUUACAAACAUA